CUGUUCUUUUAUUCCAUUUCCUGCUGUCUGUCACUGCGCAUGCCCAGUUCAUUGGUAAGGAAGAAAGGAAAAUGUCUCUUACUAGCUUUUUACCAGCCCCGACGCAGCUGUCGCAGGACCAGCUGGAGACAGAGGAGAGGCUCCGGGCUCAAAAGUCUCACUCCACCGCACUGGUGUCAUCCCGCAGAGAGCCCCCUCCUUACGGACACAGAAAAUCCUGGGUGCCCCGCGCAUUUGAGGAUUUUGGAGAUGGAGGAGCUUUCCCAGAAAUCCAUGUGGCCCAGUUUCCUCUGGAGAUGGGCAGGAAGAAGAAAACAUCCAAUGCCCUGGCAGUACAAGUGGAUGCUGAAGGAAAAAUCAAAUAUGAUGCUAUCGCAAGACAAGGACAGGGGAAGGAUAAGGUGAUCUUUAGCAAAUACACUGACCUGCUCCCAAAGGAAGUUCUUAAUGAUGGUGCUCAAGAGCUACAGAGGCCUGAUGAAGAGGCUGUGAAAGAGUUGACAGAGAAAACCCGUUUUGCCCUGGAGAAGCAGGUGUCUCAAAAGAUCGCUGCUGCCAUGCCUGUAAGAGCUGCAGACAAGCAAGCUCCUGCACAGUACAUCAGAUAUACUCCAUCCCAACAGGGAGUAGCUUUUAAUUCGGGAGCCAAACAGAGAGUGAUCCGUAUGGUGGAAAUGCAGAAAGAUCCAAUGGAGCCUCCUCGUUUUAAAAUCAACAAGAAGAUUCCCAGAGGACCUCCUUCGCCCCCAGCCCCUGUCAUGCACUCUCCUAGCAGAAAGAUGACAGUCAAAGAGCAGCAGGAGUGGAAGAUUCCUCCAUGCAUCUCCAACUGGAAGAACGCAAAGGGCUACACCAUCCCUCUGGACAAACGACUUGCUGCUGAUGGAAGGGGUCUGCAAACAGUUCACAUUAAUGAGAACUUUGCCAAGCUGGCAGAGGCUCUCUAUAUUGCAGAUAGAAAGGCCAGAGAAGCGGUGGAGAUGCGAGCGCAGGUAGAGAAGAAGAUGGCUCAAAAAGAGAAGGAAAAGAAAGAGGAGAAACUGAGGGAGCUGGCUCAGAUGGCUCGAGACCAGAGGGCAGGGAUCAAAAGCCACGGUGACAAAGGCGGCGAGGACAGCGAGGCCAGGGAGCGUGACGUGAUCCGCCACGACAGAAGGAAAGACCGACAGCACGACAGGAACAUUUCCAGGGCGGCUCCUGAUAAGAGAUCGAAGCUACAGAGGGAUCAGGACAGAGACAUCAGUGAGCUCAUUGCUCUUGGCAAACCUAACCCUCGUACCUCCAGUGAAGCUCAGUACGAUCAGCGGCUCUUCAAUCAGAGCAAGGGUAUGGACAGUGGUUUUGCUGGUGGUGAAGAUGAGACCUACAACGUGUACGACCAGCCGUUCCGCAGCGGCAGAGACAUGGCCUCCAACAUCUACAGACCCAGCAAGAACAUAGACAAAGACGCCUACUCAGAUGACUUUGACUCUCUUAUGCAGAACAACAGAUUUGCCCCAGAUAAAGAGUUCUCAGGCGCUGACCACGGGCAGAGGAGAGACGGUCCGGUACAGUUUGAAGAAGACCCCUUCGGUCUGGACAAGUUCUUGGAGCAAGCCAAACAGCACGGGGGCUCUAAGAGGCCGUCCACCAGCAACCGCUCGAAAGAUGACUACCAUGACAAAAAACGCAGGAAGGAGUGAGAAGGCCUCCAAGCAAAUUCUGGAUCCAACAGCUGAUGGCAUCUUAGAUGAGAAGGCAUUAACUUCUGUGCCUCAGCAAAGUUGUACUAUAUAAGCCUGAGAUAGGAAAAGAUUUAUUUUUUUUCUUCUCUCACUGUUGUCAUUUACACAGCUUUUUUAAUCUACGUUGAACCUUGACGAAUGGACGAGGUAAAUAUAAAACUAAUGGAGGGAAAUGAGAACUUUAGGAACUUAAUAAGUCUGUACAUUAAAGCCAGUGUUACUUCAGAUAAUUUCUGUAAAUUUUGUGCUCUGGAAUUAUUGUCCAGAUUUCUUUUUAACCUUACAUUAAACUAAACAAGAACUGUUACUGUUAAGUAUUUAGUUUCCUUCUUUUGUUUAAUUGUUUCCUUCCUAGCUGUGUUUUAUUUAAAAUUGUUUGGUUGAGCACAGCCCAGCAUAUUUGUGUCACUGUCUAGAGGAGCGAGCUUUAUAAAUUCUGUACAUUAGUACCAAUGGAAUAAAUUUCAUAUUGUGUGAA